AAACCACCACCAAAAGCACAAAACUCGACAGGUGUUUCGCCUCUCUACGAGGCAUCCUCAGAUGUUGGCGGUCUGACGUCCGACAACUGAACAUGAAUUGCAUGUAAAAAUACCAAAAAUACGCAAGCAAGUGUAACGGGUUGGCACUGAUUGACUAGCACGUUAUGUUUUCGCGGAUUAGCAAAGUAAUAUUUUUCUUUUAAUUAGUAUGGAUUUCUGCAAAGUAACGCCUGAUUGUAUUCAUUAUUUCAAUGUUUAUUGUCCAUUGUUUGCCAGAGCCGGCCAAAAGUAACAAGGUACUCCGGGCCUGGUCGCUGUACUGGAAUACCGGACGCCUGCUGACCCUCGCGGACACAUCGCGAUCCCUGCACUGCUUGGACGGCAUUCGUGCGCUGUCCGUACUCUGGAUUAUAUUGUUUCAUACAGCUGGCAGAGUGAUGGAUGAUUGUGUCAACAAAUCGGAUAUAAUGUAUGGGCCAAUAAGCAGACAAAAGUAUUUGUGGGCGUUCACGGGACAUAUCGCCGUGGACUCGUUCUUCGUACUGAGUGGGCUACUUCUCGUCUACACGACCUCCCACAAAACUAAACAACUGAGUUUGAAGCACCUCCCCCUGUUCUACUGUAACCGGUACAUGCGACUGUUCCCGCUGCUGGCCACCGCGGUGCUCCUCCAGAUGGUGCUGCCCCGACUCGUCGACGGUCCUGUUGAUGCACAUUUAGUACGUUAUGUCAGCAAGCUGUACAUUUACUUACGCGAACGUCCGUCCUUACGCUUUAUAUCUCUUUCGAGCCAUUAUCAAUCUUAUCGUCGCGCUUCUGACAACAUAGUUGAAUGGUGCCGAAGCUACUGGUGGAGUGCGUUGUUGCACGUGCAAAAUAUCGUCAACCCGACGGAUAUGUGCCUGGGACACACGUGGUACUUGUCGGUGGACAUGCAGCUGUUCAUGGUGUCGCCGCUACUGCUGCGCUGGGUGCUCCGCCGCUGCUUCGCCUGGCGCGCGCUAGUCACUGCUGUGCUAGUCUCGCAGGCCCUGAAAUUCGCCAUCUGCUUAUAUUUCAACUACCCAGACGUUUGGGGGCAGCUAGGCGAUACACUGCCUGGCGCCUUUUACUUGUGGUAUUAUAUCAACCCUCUUGCGCGUUCACCUCCAUUCUUAAUCGGAAUGCUUCUCGGCUACACCUUGCAUGUCCACAGAAACGAGAAGAUUCAACUAUCGAAGGUAACGAUGACUUAUGUAGUUUCUUAUUCUGACGCUUUGGGUAUGAUCCCGGAGGUAGUCAUCUACAACAUCCAGCGGCAUGCCCCUAAUGCCAUAGCGUUCAAGCUUGUUGACAAGAGUGAGAAUACCACAGCGAUAAGACCGCCUGUUGCUACAUUUAUUUCCAUUGUAAAUCUGUCAUUGAAUUUUUUUUGUAUUGCAAUAAAGUGUAUUUACUUACUCACUGAAGAUUUGUAUGUUAAUAGAAUUAGUUUUUUUCAGUGGAGCGUCUUUUUGUGCUACAGUCUGGCACUGGUGUUGUCGUUGUCGGUCGUCUUCGUAGAGCAUCCGAGCAUGCAGGCUUUCUGGGCCAACCGAAUUGCUCUCAACAUCAGACACGCUGUUUACCGUUCCGGUUGGGCACUGGCAGUAUGCUGGCUGAUUUUCGCCUGUGUUAAUGAUUACGGAGGUCCAAUAAACUGGUUUUUAUCGCUGAAGCUGUGGCGGUUCGUGGCGCGCAUCUCCUACGCGAUGUAUUUGUUUAGCUACAUUUUGCAGACGAACAUCAGCGGCGUCGGCGCUGGUGCUGAGUACUACUUCGACACGCAGUCACUGUUGACACGAUACGCCGCAGACCUGGCGUACACCACAGCACUCUCGGUGGGGGCGUGCAUCGUCGUUGAAGGACCUCUGCUCACGCUCUAUAACUUGCUUCUUACACGGAUCCGAAAUACACACGAACAAUAUGACAUUAAUAACAAACAUGAGGAAUAAAUAGUUAUUUCAUAUUUGUUUUAAAAGGGGGCAAAGUUGUUGUUAAACCGCUCGUGCUAAUAUUGAUACCCGAGCUAGUGAAAGAUUCCAAAAUAGAACCACGAGUGUAGCGAGUGGUUUGAGAAGUGUAAUCUUGAGCGUUGCGAGGGUUUCAAGCCAUGAGGGUUCAACAAACUUUGCCUCCGAGUGAAACACGAAACACCAUACCAACGCGAGGAAAAUACUAACUAUGAAAUGCCAAAAAAAUCUAACCAAAUCAAAUCCAAAUGAAUGUAAUAAAAAUGUUAUCAUUCAUAAUCAUCAUUCUACCAGCUAACAUAAGGAAACAACUCAAAAUAUGCAUCUGAUUACUUUGCCCCACAUGUGGAUAAAAUGCAACUUUCUCAUUAGUUUUUGAACAAUCAAGAGGGCUUUUACCCGUUGGUGUGGUGAGAAAUAUUUUUUAUUAUCAAUACUAAGACUCAAACAACAGAAGAGGAGAGUUUUUGCGCGUACUUGACCACACCACACCACAGUUUGUACAAAUAUUUCCAAGAGGUUUUAUUGGUAAUUAAAUCGUCAGGGUGUAGGUAUAUAGAAAACGUUUUUAUACUUUAUUAUGCUUACCUAUGCAUUUCUUUUUUAACUCUACGCGCAACUACACGCAAGAAGGGUUUGACUAAAGAUAUUUACCAUUACCUAUUAUGGCGAUAAUGUAAGGUUUUUUAAAUGAAACUUUUUUUUUUCAUUUUCAUGCUCUGAAAGUGGGUCGUUGUUGUUCUAAAACGUGUGCAAAAAAUGAUACGUUUCUGCUCUAGAGCACUGUACUUUACCUAAAUUGCUAAUUGAAAGUACCCUCAAGAAAUUCUACUGAAGUUUAUACAUAGCCGUGUUUUUUUAAUGCUCGUGUAUUUUACUUUCCUCCUAUUCGAAAUGAAAAGUACAGUGUUUAACUCGGGUGAAAGGCACCAUUUCACUCUCGGAUGUUUGUUAGGUUAGGCCUUUCAUCCCUUGGUUAACAUCUACUAUUGAGUUAAUUUCCUUCGCGAUUUAGCCAUAACAGCCUAUUGUUUUAGAGUUAUAUUUAUCUUUUAAAUUUACAUGUAAAAUGUAAUGUUAUUCGUGCAAUAAAUAAUAUUUACUUACG